AUGCUCCUACUCUCCAUGGGCCGGUCAACAAACCGACGAUCAUAUGUCCUACUUUUAUUAUUCCUCGUCAUCGCCAUAGUCGCACAAGUAUCGCACGCUCAAGACGAUUCAGAAUCAUCCGACAACAAUGACAGUAGCAACAGCACCGAUACGUCGAACAGCACCACAUCAAGUACGACGACAGACAACUACCCUGUCAUGACGGUGCCCCCAACAGACGAUGCGCCGUACAUGCAGAAGUCUACCGCCCCAGAGGGCACCGUUUUCAUCGCCGUUGGCGCCGUCCUAGGCGCAAUCGGCCUUUCUAUCCUUGCAUGGCGGGGCAUCGUGGCAUGGUCUGUAAACCGUUCCGUCCGCCGCGCAGCAAUCCUGCACUCCUCUGAAAACAAGGGCCUGCUCGGUGGCAGAAAGAAGAAGAAGCGCUCUGGCCGAUCUCACACCCACACCCACUCUCGCAGCCACAGCAUGCACCAGAACGCUGUUAGUCUCGAAAAGAUCAGCGGCAGCGGAAACAACCGCCACAGCUCAUAUAGGGACUCGCGUGCCCCCUCGAUCCCAACCAGAGGGAGCGGUCUCUUUUUCUCACCUACAGCCGGGAUGCAGAACGCUGGCAAUCGGGGCUCAAGUUACCUCCCCGCUGGCUACUAUUCGGCUGGCACGGCCGCCGCCGGUUUUGCUCAGAAUGUCGGCCUCUCCGCUGAGAGUCUCCCGCCUCAGGCCCGAGGUUAUACGCGUACGGGCUCGGGCCCUACACCACCUGCUACGCCGUUAUCUCCUCCGGCUCCAGUGGUGUCGGAUGGAUAUCUUGUCAUUCAGAAGUCCCUACAAGUGCCUUCAGCUUUCAUUCUCCGUUUCAUAUUGGUUAUCUAUGUCACAUAUUAG